GAGCGAGGAGGGGGCGGGGGAGGCGGGGCGGUGUGGCGCUCGGACUCGGCGUCUCAGACUCGGGGCGGAGGGACCGCAGAGUCGCCGGACAGACCGAGCUGCAGAGCGUUCCAGUGACUGCUCUACCCCCAGAAGUGUGGAGUGAAGAUGAGGGCCAGCUGCCUGCUCCUGAUUUCCCUGCCUGCCCUCCUCCUUGCCCAGCAGUAUGAAGUGACAGAGGAUCUCUACCCCAACCAGCCUCAGUACCCUGUGGAGGAUUACGAUGUGGACUACCAAGAAGCUUUCCAGCAGCAGGUUCUGUUGGGUCCAGACAGUCAGCAGCUGUUGCCAGUGACCACCGGAGAGCUGUCGGAAACGGAGCCCACAGAGCCUGGACCGCUUGAUUGCCGUGAGGAGCAGUACCCCUGCACCAGGCUGUACUCGGUACACAAGCCCUGCAGACAGUGCCUGAAGAGCCUCUGCUUCUACAGCCUGCGGCGAGUGUACGUGGUGAACAAGGAGGUGUGUGUCCGCACCGUGUGCGCCCAUGACGAGCUGCUUCGAGCUGACCUGUGCCGUGACCAUUUCACUAAGUGUGGGGUGAUGGCUCUCAACGGGCAGUGUAGCUCUCUGGGGGAGACUUGUGCGAAGAGCUGUGGGGCUUGUUAAACUGGAGCUGCGCCAGGGAGACCCUCUGACCUGCGACCACACCUCCACAGGACUCACCCACGCCUGUGGCCCGGAACCUUGCCCAUACCCAUUCCUUUGCCUCCAGACCUGACAAGCUCUUCCUGUUCCACAGAACCCUCUGAUACCUCCACCUCUGAUUACUCCUGUCUGCCCUGUGUGUGUAUUACGUCUUAACGUGUAUAUAUGUCUUGCGUACCUCCACCCCUUCCUCAAAAGCCACCCCCAUUACCCUCAUGACAACCAACCCCUGCCUUCCCUCCCACCGGGUUCCCACCCACACAGCAGAGUAUUAGCAUAUGUAACCCCACCCACUUAUUCCCAAACCCCGCCCCCAGUCUUCAACGUCACAGUGGAGUCUCUUUCUCUCUUCCUUUGCAUAUAUAUAAACAUAUACAAAUGAAUAUUAAUUAACUGUAUAACGUCAAUGGUGCUAAGAAUAACAGAACAGUACAGGAAGAGCUCAGAUGCACAUAAAGGUUUGUACUUCAACGUGAGCAUCUCUGUAUCUGUUCCUGUUGGGAUUGUACGACUAUAUUGCGAGCGCUGUGGCAGACUGGACAUGUAUGAACAUGUAUGAACAGGUUUUAUACUACUGCUUUGUGAAACGGUCUUCAUUAUUAAGGAGAAAAGAGAAGAUUUGUUUCAUUUGUAAUUACUGUCUUGGAUAAUAAAUUUAUCGCUAGACAUGCGA